UGGCCUGCGUCAUGGCGUCAUUUCAUGAACCAGGAAGUGAACGAAGUGUACGUAGAGGUGUGGAUGGGUAGGUUGUAGCAUUCAUUUCUGGGUAGGAGUGCAGGCGGCUUCAAACCCCGGUGUUUUAACACUAUAAACUUUAUAUGUUUCUGUGCCAGCAGCGCAAUGUCUCCUGAUGAGCUGGUCUAUUUGGGAAUCCUUGCUGUUUCCAUCCCUGCUGGAUUCCUCUUCCGUUACCUCAGUCCACCUGUGAAGCAGGGGGCAGCUCUUCUUCUGGGCCUCUCCAUCACCAUCGCCACCUGUCACAUUCACACACUCCACUCGCUGGUGACCGUAAUCGGAACAUGGAUUAUUAUAAAGAGCAGCUGGCGGCGAGCCCCAGCACUGAGCCUCACCUGGACCUUCCUCUACCUCCUCUUUUUCCGGUUGAUCACUUGGUUUGGCCUCCCACAGCCAACUCCGUUCGCCAACGCCGUCCAGCUGCUUCUCACGCUCAAGAUGGUGAGUCUGGCCAAUGAGGUGCACAGCUUCCACAUGGAGAAGAAAAAGGAAGUGAGCUCUUUUGCCAAGUCUCCCGUCAUCGGUGGUCUGUCUCAGGAGCCCUCCCUCUACGACAUCCUGUCCUAUAGUUAUUGUUACGUCGGUAUAAUGACCGGCCCGUUCUUUCGCUUCCAAACUUACAUUGACUGGCUGAGGCAGCCGAGCCCGCUGGCUCUGCCGUGCUGGGAGCCGUGUCUGCAGCGUUUGAAGCUGGUCCCGGUCUACGGCGCUCUGUUCCUGGCUGUCAACUCUUUCUUUCCACUGGCCUACGUCCGCACAGACGAGUUCCUGGAUGAAAACGUUUUCUUCAGGAUGUUCUACAUGGUCGCCGUGUUCUUCGUGUUCAGGAUGCGUUUCUAUUCAGCGUGGUGCGGAGCCGAGGCCGGUUGCAUCAGCGCAGGCCUGGGCUGCUAUCCAGAAAAGUCACUCUCCAAGCCCGGAGGAGGACCCAGUGUCAACUACAGCCCUGAUCCCAGCGCUGAGGAGAAAUACGACUUCAAAACCGUUCAGAAUAUUGACUGUUACAACACUGACUUCUGCGUGAAGGUCCGACACGGCAUGCGUUACUGGAACAUGACGGUUCAGUGGUGGCUGCAUAACUACAUCUACCCCAACGCCCCCUUCAAAGCAUACACACUCAGGGCUGGCUGGACCAUGUUCAUCAGCGCCUACUGGCAUGGACUUCAUGUUGGCUACUACCUCUCCUUCCUCACCAUCCCCCUGUGCAUCGCAGCGGAGUCCGCCAUGGAGGCCUCCGUCCGCUCCAAACUGGGUCCUCGUGGACAGAACAUCUUCGACUGGAUUCACUGGUUCCUGAAGAUGAGGGCCUACGACUACAUGUGCAUGGGCUUCGUGCUGCUCAAGGCCUCGGACACCGUCAACUACUGGAUGUCCAUCUACUUUGUCAUGCACGUCAUUGCCGUGGCCUGUAUAAUAGUAGGCAGGGUCCUAAAGGGAGGGAAAAGAGAAGGGAGGAGAGAGGAUAAGGAGCAAAGAAGGGAGGGGGAGAAGAUAGAAAACGUGAAGGAGAAAAGUGGAGAGAAAGCAGAGUGAAUGGAGGUUCAGAAUAACUGGUUGGAUGCUUUUUGCGACAGGAGAUAUUUCAUGGCUAGAAUUUCAAACACUGAUCGCACCAUCAUUCAUCACACAGGUCAAAUCUCACAUCUAGUAAGAACUCAAUUUAAUCAAAAACACAGGCAAAGUGUGACUGUAAAACACAGUUAAAGGUCACAACAGGGACAUUUUACAUUUUUAAAUAUACGUAAAAGUACUGUGAGGACUGGGAGUCGCGUGCUUGAGCUCAGUGAAUGUUAUUUUUCUAGUGUGAGUGACAGCUGGGGUGUACACGGUUAAUUCACUCCUCUCAGCUGUGUGGAUUUGAUGUGACUGUAUUUCUAAGCACCAAGUACAGUUUUAAACAUUUUGGAAUUGCGUUUCUAGUCUAAAAGGCGGCGGUUGAAAUGUCGAGAUGCUGUUUGAAAGACAGGUAGUUAGGCUGGUCAUAAUUAUUUAAUAAAGACAAAUUCAGAAAUAUUGGCACAUUUCUGUAACAAACCAAGCAUUCCAGCAGCAGAUGAUGGACAGUUAAUAUUGUGGCGCUGCCAGAUUAUAAUAGCAAUGUUAGAAUUGAAACCUUUAAGUUAAGUUUAAAGCAGCAUUUUGAAGUCCAGAUUAUGUUUCUUUUUCUGCCUAUUAACAGGAGUAAAACCCAACUAGCGUUUCUGUGCUUUAACUUACACUGUUGUUCCUGUGAAUCCCAAAUGUUUCUGUGUUUAUUUUUUUCCCUGUCACUGUUCAGCCGUAGAUCGUUCCAGGAACAUACACACUGCAGCAGUGUUCUUAUCCGGUGAAGCAUGCGCCAUAUGAAAGAUAGCAACUGUCCGUUCACUGCCAACAUCUCUGUACUGCCAUUAUGCACCAUCCAGGGUUGGGACCAAUCAUGUGAUACAAAACUUUGCAAGUUUUACGUUGUGACUGCAGGCUGCCGACUCGAGUCAGUUGGGAGCCGGAGAAACUGUUGAAAUUGUUAUCACAUUGUUAAUAGGCAACCUUUGACUUUCUGUGAUUAUUUUUAGCAACAUGUAUUUGACUGGUAGUUGUCUGAAGCGAUGAUAUAAAACAAUAACCUGCCAAAUGCAGGAAAAUGGAGUAAACCGUUUACAGCUACCUGUUGAGUUUUCACUCAUUCUUGUCUCAAGCUGCAUGAGAACUGCUGUAUCUCUAUUUUAUAUAAAUACGCCUGAGAGCAGUAUUGACAGACUGUGUCUUCCUGUGUGUUUUUUGUUCUCCAUAUCCUUGGGCCUAAGAUCAUUUGAAUUAUAAAUGUACUUUUGUGUUAAUGCAGCUUUUUUUCCUUUCUGUGCCAAAACUGUACCCUUCCCUUGGAGAAAUGGUUUCCUUUUGUUAUUAUUGUCAUUGCACAGUUAGGAUUGUGAAUACUAGUCAUCCCGUUAACAGUUCAUGUCCUGACUAUAUAUUUUUCUGCCUUUUGUCUGUUCCAUGUGUUUGUCUUUGGCUUCACAUGCUGCACAGCUGUAACUGCUUUGUUACAUGUUCAAUACAUAUCAGCGUUUCCUCA